GAUUCUGUAUUCUUGGCCCAUGAUUGUAACAAACAUGAGGAGGCAGUACCGCCAAAGUUUCGUCUAACAUCUGAAACCACAGAACCCGUCCUCACGGCUGCAAAUUUGCACCAAAAACUGCUUAAAUUGCAACUUGACUUGAAUUCGCUUUAUGCUGAACGACACCAGCUUAAGGAAAACCUCGACGCAACCAUUCUUCAUCGUGAAAACCUGCUUGCCAAGAUCCGCGAAAUCGAACUGACUCGAUCUUCAACACCGCCAAAAAGAGAGCUUCUGGCAGACCUCCAGGAACGCUUGUCUCAGGAGAUGACGAGAUCUUCGAGCCUGCUCACCAAGGUGCGGAGUUUGAAGGAGGACGUUUUACCAGCAGAAACACGAGGAAAACUGCAAUGCCUCCUAAAUGAACACCUUGUCAAACGCAAGAAUUGUAUCGACUUGUGCUUGGCUGCAACUGAGGCGCAGAUAACGUCAUUGACACAGCACAAAAGUCAGGUUGAUUCGCCAGAAGUGCACCGGACGGAUCCUCUUGCAAUCCUCCUGCAGGCGAAAAAUCGAUUAUGCGACUCCCUCAGGGAGCACGUAGCUCAUCAGUCUCGAUUAUUACUAGACAAGGGCGAGCAGGUGGUUGAAAUCCCGUCCACGACUUCAGACGAGUCGAGCCACCAAAUUCGUUUGCGAGUCCUGCGUUUUGGAUUGGAGGAGCGCAGAAAGGCUUUAGCGGGACUCACUGACAAGGCAGCAGCAAUGACGGCGAAGCUCAAUUCCCUGAAGGUGGAUGCCUUCGAGCAGAAAACUGCCCUCAUCCGCGACCUGACUGUCACCGUCGAGGCGCAGCGUCAAGCAUUUCGACAGUCGCGCCAACAAGCCGAGUUGAUGAGGUCCGACGUCAAUCGCAUCAUCGCCACUGCGGCAGCAGACACCCCAGACGAGACAAUCGAUGAGGUGACACGGAAAGCCGACGAUCUCACCGCGAAGGUCAACUCACUCAGGUGUGAGAUCAGUCGUCUGGACCAGCAGCCCUCUCUAAUGUACCGGCAACUUGAAUUAGCCAAUCAAGAAGUGGAAAAGGCUAUCACAGCAGCUGACGAACAGUGCAUCCGAAUAAAAUCAAGAAUCCGGAAGCGACACAAGCAACUCAAAAGCCUUCGUCCCAAGGAGGCCGAAGUUUCAGCUGUAAGAAUAUGUGCUUUUUCCUCGCAGAAAAUCAACAAACUUGACAAUCUAAAUCACCGUCUUUCGGAGGUUCAAAAACGACUUGAAUAUGCCGAGAACUUGGACCGAAGAACGCAGGAGGUCUUGACGCGUCAGGAACUACGAGUUGAAGACGUCAGAUCGAAGUGCAAUCGAGUGAAGGAACUGUACGCUGAAGAGAAACGCGCACAAGUGGCGAGGGUGAGAGAGAUUGAAAAAGAAAGGGAUGAAUACAAGCAGAAGCUGAUGGAACUCAACAAGACCCUCGACAUGUUGGGGAGGCACUCCCUCCUCAAGGGUGCCAGAGGGGCCUACAAGUUGCUCAUGGCCGAUUUCGACGAACUCGGUAUUGAAGGGGACGACGAAGUGGAUGAACACAUGGUCAAGCGAUGCGCCUUUUUCUGCCAAGAGAUCAAGCGCCUACAGCAGCAUACUGCGUGGCUGGAGGAGAAUUUGAAAUUUGUCGAGUCUAAAUCCCUAACCAGCCAACGCAUAAGCGCUAUCAAAGCGGUUCUGGAUCGCGGUGGACCUCGACCUGCCGCCAACGAUGUCAGAAGGAGAGCCGCAAAUCGCGUCACACGUCCACGCCCAAUCAGCAUGAUAGAAACUUGUACGCCGGGGGUGACACCCCGUCCCAGAUUCGGAGUCACCUUCAGGCCCUCCACCGUUACCGCCAGUCGCGACACCCGACGCCGGACACUCAAUGAGCAGUUGUCAGCGUCGCGCGAACCCACAGUCACGUCGGCCACCCAGCGACGCCUGGAGUACUCGCGAAGUCUUCGAGAACGACACACCUUCCCGAGGCAGGUUACGCCUCUUCCACAGCGCUCGCAGUCCUUCCGUCAAUCCGUCAGCGUUAAAACACCCCUCAUCUUCACGGCCUUUCGAAACACCAAAUUCACGGCAUCAAAAAGCUUUAAUGUUAACGAUUAA